GAUCACAAUUUGUCAGAAACAGAUGACCGACAGCUUUGGCGAAAUACUUGUUCAUGUAGAACUGUGUAAUUACUUGCAAGCAAAAUGCCGGACAUCAAAAUAACACCAUUGGGAGCCGGCCAGGAUGUGGGCCGCAGCUGUCUGCUGCUUUCGAUGGGCGGCAAAAACAUCAUGCUCGACUGCGGCAUGCACAUGGGUUACAAUGAUGAAAGACGCUUUCCAGAUUUCUCGUACAUUGUGCCGGAAGGACCGAUUACCAGUCAUAUUGAUUGUGUGAUUAUAUCUCACUUUCAUCUGGAUCACUGUGGCGCGUUACCCUAUAUGUCGGAGAUCGUUGGGUAUACUGGUCCCAUUUACAUGACCCAUCCGACCAAGGCGAUAGCUCCCAUUUUGCUCGAGGAUAUGCGUAAGGUGGCCGUUGAGCGCAAGGGCGAAUCGAAUUUCUUUACCACGCAAAUGAUUAAGGACUGCAUGAAGAAGGUAAUACCUGUAACAUUGCACCAGAGCAUGAUGGUCGAUACGGAUCUGGAGAUCAAAGCUUACUAUGCUGGACAUGUGCUGGGUGCUGCAAUGUUCUGGAUUAAGGUUGGCUCCCAAAGUGUUGUUUACACUGGCGAUUAUAACAUGACGCCGGAUCGGCAUUUGGGUGCUGCCUGGAUAGACAAAUGCCGGCCGGAUUUGCUUAUCUCAGAGAGCACGUAUGCAACCACGAUACGAGACUCAAAGCGUUGCCGUGAACGUGACUUCCUUAAGAAAGUGCACGAAUGUGUGGCUAAAGGUGGCAAAGUCUUAAUACCCGUAUUUGCCCUUGGACGUGCACAAGAACUCUGCAUCUUACUUGAAACGUAUUGGGAACGCAUGAACCUCAAGUAUCCAAUAUAUUUUGCACUCGGUCUGACGGAGAAGGCAAAUACGUACUACAAAAUGUUUAUUACGUGGACAAACCAAAAGAUACGUAAAACAUUUGUGCAUCGCAACAUGUUCGAUUUCAAGCACAUAAAACCUUUCGAUAAGGCCUAUAUAGAUAAUCCUGGUGCCAUGGUUGUGUUCGCUACGCCGGGCAUGUUACAUGCUGGCCUCUCGCUGCAAAUCUUUAAGAAGUGGGCGCCAAAUGAGAACAAUAUGGUUAUCAUGCCGGGCUACUGCGUCCAAGGCACAGUGGGCAAUAAGAUUUUGAGUGGCGCCAAAAAAGUCGAAUUCGAAAACCGUCAAGUGGUUGAGGUCAAAAUGGCUGUGGAGUACAUGAGCUUUUCAGCCCAUGCCGAUGCCAAAGGCAUAAUGCAGCUCAUACAGAAUUGCGAGCCCAAAAAUGUAAUGCUCGUCCAUGGCGAAGCUGAGAAGAUGAAAUUCCUGCGUGCCAAAAUUCGCGAUGAGUUCAAUCUGGAAACAUAUAUGCCAGCCAACGGUGAGACAUGUGUGAUCUCUACGCCGGUCAAAAUACCCGUGGAUGCAUCCAUUUCACUGCUCAAAGCAGAAGCACGCUCCUAUAAUGCACAGCCACCAGAUCCAAAGCGUCGACGUCUCAUACACGGCGUCCUUGUGAUGAAGGACAAUCGAAUUAUGCUACAAAAUUUAACGGAUGCCCUCAAGGAGAUCGGUAUCAAUCGCCAUGUGAUGCGAUUCACAUCAAAGGUUAAAAUGGAUGAUCCUGGACCAAAAUUGCGCACCAUCGAGAAACUUAAACUGCUGAUGGAUGAGAAACUAACCGGUUGGACAGUGACUCUGCAGGAGAAUGGCACCAUAGCCAUAGAAAGCGUGGAGAUCAACGUAGAAGAAGAUGAAAAGGAUCCCAAACAAAAGACCGUGCUGAUUACAUGGACCAAUCAAGAUGAAGACAUUGGAGCCUAUAUUCUGAACGUCUUGCAGAAUAUGUGCUAGGUUCGAGCUACAACCAGACUUUAUUACUGGCUCUAUUCCAUAGUUGUUAAGAAUUAGUGUUGAUUUGAAUUGUGGUUAUAAAAGUUGUCUUUAAAUACAUGUAUCAACUUUUUUAAAAA